UACAAACACUACAGUAUCCAUGAUGAACAGAGCAGGUCACCCUGGGCUUCAGCCUUCACAGAGAGCGGUGGGAGACCCCCCAAGUGGGAGUCUAACAGGAAGUCUUUCUCCUUCAGGAUCUCAUCUACUGCCUGGUGAAUGGGUUCAUAGAAGGCCUGGACCUGGGUCUAGCCUUCCUCAGUUACCUCAUGGUUAUCCCACCAAUACAGACAGGGUCAGGAUGRGUGUUCACCACAAGAGGUACUUAACGUAUAACACAGCACACAAUCCCAACAACACCCAAACAAUGGCUAGAGGUCAAGGAGGAAGCUCAAAUACUAACCCCCUGGGGGUGGUGGCUCCUGCUUCUACCUCCUCUGGUGUCACUGGGUCACAACGUGGGAGGCCGAGCAUUAGGUCGGACGCCGACAAGCCGUACGCCUGCCCCACAUGUGGGAAGUGCUUCGCUGAGGCGACUUAUGUGAAGGAGCACCAGACCGUUCACACCAAGGAGAGGCCCUUCAAGUGUAAGCUGUGCUAUAAGAGCUUCUCCUUCCGGAGUAACCUUAUCAGACACAGGAGUGUCCACAGUGGUAAGAAACCUUUCAGCUGUACCCAGUGUCAUAUGCGCUUCUCCCACUCGUCCAACCUGAAAAGGCACCAGAGGGUCCACACAGGGGAGAACCCUACAGCUGCCCCCAGUGUGAGAAGAGGUUCUCCCACCAGAACCAGCUGAAGAUGCACCUGAAGGUCCACACGGGAGAAAGGCUGUUUGCCAGGAAGAGGUCCUCAGAAAGGAGCUACCUCAGGAUACACCAGCAGAAAAACCUUUCCACUCGAUAGCUUCUGACAUUUAUAUCAAACCCUGCAUUAAAGACAAAGAUGAAUUUUCAUUGUCAGCAGAAAAGAUCCACAGACGCAUUUGAAAUAACUAGAGUAGCAGAUUUCAGUGUUGAAUAUUCCUGCAUCCAGACAUUGUGUGAUAUAUAAGCCUAAAAAGUCUGUUACAUAUUGUGUUUGUACUGUGUAGGCUAUAUUAUGUUCACAAAUGCCUAUUUUAUCAAGUUCAUGCAGAUUUUUUUCUCGAGACAGUACAAUGCAUUCAUCGUAAGAAAGCUGGGUAAAACAACCACAACACAGUCAUAGCAAGUACAUUUUCCCUCAAAGUACUUAGUGCCUUCAGAAAGUAUUAGCACCCCUUGACUUCUUCCA